CCACAGCAUGGAGAGCUACGAGAGCUACCUGUCCAGCCUGGGUACGGUGUGUGUGCGCGCGGGCUGCGUCUCGCCCUACCUGCCCUUCUACUACCUGCCCCUGGCCGGGUGCCCGCUACCGCCGCCGCCGCCGCAGAAACCGCCGUACAGCUACAUUGCCCUCAUCGCCAUGGCCAUCAAGUCGGUGCCGGAGCAGAAGAUGACGCUCAGUGGGAUCUACAAGUACAUCAUGGAGCACUUUCCGUACUACCAGCAGAAUAAACAGGGCUGGCAGAACUCGAUUCGGCACAACCUGAGCCUCAACGACUGCUUCCGUAAGUUACCUCGUCAGAAGGGUCGACCCGGGAAGGGCUCGUUCUGGACUCUCGACCCCAAGUUUGCCGACAUGUUCGAGAACGGCAACUUCCGCAGGCGGAAGAGGCGGAUGCGCUGCCUGGCUCGGCCGGCAGACGCGGAGCCGGAGAGCUCCACCACGGCUCCGCCGGGAGCCGAGACCGGGGCAGGAGCCGGUGAGGAGCCGCAGCAGGGGGCGGCUCAGCUCAGCCCGCAGCCCAGCAAGUCCUCGCUCUUCACCAUCGAGAAUUUGAUCAAGCCGGAGCCGCUGUUCUCAUCAGGGUCGAGGGCGGGGGCGGGGGCGGGGGCGGCGGCCGAGGCGGCGGCGGCGACGAUAGUAAAGAUGGAACGAUGAGUGUCUGAUAGAAGUGUUGACCCAUGCUGCGGCAAACGUCAGGGCCAGAGGCCGCUGCUGGUGGUGU